CAGCCCCAGAUCCGCCCCAAGGUCAAGAACCCACCUUUUUCCUCCUCAUCCAUGGGCGAGCAAUCCCUCUCCCAGCCCUUUCCCCAUCCCCAUCCCCACCCCCUCUCCCCGUCGCCCCCCGCAUCCGCCGCCGCUACGCCGCCAGCCACCGCCCUCGCCGUCUCCGCCUCCGCUUCCCGCCCCAAGAAGAAGCCCCGGUCGUCCGGCUCCAACCCGGCGCCCAAGAAGCGCCGCCUGGUGCCGUCCGUCCGGGGCCGGCCCCUGUCGGCGGACGGCGAGGUGGACGCGGCCAUCCGCCACCUGCGCGCGGCCGACCCGGCCCUGGCCCCCGUCAUCGACGCGCACGACCCCCCGUCGUUCCACUGCCCGCAUCCCCCCUUCCACUCCCUCGUUCGAUCCGUCCUCUACCAGCAGCUCGCCUUCAAGGCGGCCGCCUCCGUCUACUCCCGGUUCAUCGCGCUCGUCGGCGGCGAGGCCGGCGUGCUCCCGGACGCUGUCCUCGCGCUCUCCGCCGAGCAGCUUCGCCAAAUCGGGGUCUCCGCGCGCAAGGCCUCCUACCUCCAUGACCUCGCCCGCAAGUAUGCGUCGGGGAUCCUCUCCGACGACAACAUCGUCGCCAUGGACGACCGCUCCCUCGCCGCCAUGCUCACCAUGGUCAACGGCAUCGGCGCCUGGAGUGUUCACAUGUUCAUGAUCUUCUCCCUAGCGCGCCCGGAUGUGCUCCCCUCCGCGGAUCUCGGGAUCCGCAAGGGCGUGCAGAUGCUGUAUGGGCUGGAGGAUGUGCCCCGGCCGUCGCAGAUGGAGAAGCUCUGCGAGCGCUGGCGCCCUUACCGCUCCGUCGCCGCGUGGUACAUGUGGCGCCUCAUCGAGUCCAAGGCGGCGCAGACGGCAGCGGCCAUGCCUGUAGUGCCACCUGCAAUGCCUGCGCCCAGUGAGGAGUUCAUGCUCCAGCAGCACCAGCAGCAGCACCACCAUCAGCAUCAGCAGCAACAGCAACAAGCUGCCAUACAAAUGCUCGAUCCGGUUCAGAUGCUUCCAGGAUUGGGGUGAAUUUGGUAUAUACUCGCUCUGCUCAUUUGUUCUUGAUGUGAAAUGGAUGUCUUAAACCUGAAUUUGUCACUUCAUUUGUGUAUCAUUGUUCUGUAUCGGUUGAGAAGUGUAGCAUUGGACAGGAGGAUCUCGAGGCAACUUCAUUAUCAGUUAUAGUUGGUGUUGUGUUGUUCAUUUGUAAAUUUCUGCUAUUUUAGACAUUGUUGCCCUAGACAUAUUUGUAUCCGACAAAUAAAUUUAGACCAAGCUGUUAUGUUCUGGAUGCA